AUGGUGAUGAUGUCGAGGCAAGGAGGACUUGGGGGCACAAGGUGUCAAGAUUGUGGGAACAUCGCGAAGAAAGAUUGCGGUUACAUGAGGUGCCGGACUUGUUGCCGGAGCAAAGGGUUCGAGUGUCUGACACACGUAAAGAGCACUUGGGUUCCGGCUUAUCGAAGACAAAACCGCCAUCAGCAGCAGCAACAACAAUUCUUUUCUCUUCCAAUCCCUUUGCUUAAUAACCCGGGGUAUUUUCCGGCGGAAGUGACAUCGCCGGCGACGUUCCGUUGCGUUCGAGUGAGCUCCAUUGAAGAAGCUGCCGACCAGUACGCUUAUCGAACGGCGGUGACGAUCGGAGGACACGUAUUCAAGGGUAUUCUCUAUGAUCAAGGACCAGAUCAAGGCCAUUACUCGCUCGGCGAGUGCUCCUCCCGGGAGACUCCUCAGCCGCCGUCGCUGUCGUCGUUGCAACCGUUGAAUCAAUUCAAUGCAGUGGCCGAUCUAACGAUGGCGACGACUAACACCACCACGACCACCACCAUUCCAACUUCAGUAGUUGCAGCUGAAACCCUGCUUCCUUUCGCCUAUGCGUCUCCUUUUAGUGCUUUCAUGUCAUCUUCCGGUACGCAAUUUUUCCUCCACCCAAAAUCUUAA